AAUCCUUUGAUUGCUCGCACGCAUUGCCUAAUCCGAUAUUGAGACAAUGGCAAUCAGAUCGAGAGGCUUACCGAGUGCUGGCUGCAGCCGUUGCCGCAGCAAGAAGAUCAGAUGCGACGAAACGAAGCCAAUUUGCGGGCAAUGUGCCAAAAUUCGGUCCGUGGAUUGCAAGUAUCGUGAUGAGUUUGAGCGGACAUGGCGAUGGCAGACUGAACUGGUAGUCGAAAAGGCCAAAGCGAAAGCGUUAACUACUAAGAAUGUUGCGAUGCCCACAGCAGACACGAACUGCGAUAUGCAGCUAAAUCCUCCAAAUCCCCAUAUCUUGGAAAGAUUCUUCUUUGAUUGGGUCGUUAAAUCGGAUGGCGGCUCCGAGAGUAUCAUCUCUUGGUUCAACUCACUUCCUUGGAUGUAUGCCAAGUCUAGUGUGAAUAGCCUCUUGCAUAACUCUAUCAACGCCUUGGCCAAUGCAGGCUAUGCGCAAAGAUUUAAUUGCUCUAAAGCACUGACAGAAGCAGCUGAAUGGUACGGAGAGUCUAUACACAUGUUGAAAAACACACUGAGUAGCAAUGUGGGACUGGCAUCGAACCAAGAUGUUAUGGCCUCGAUCGUACUCCUCUGCAUGUAUGAGCUGUUGAUAGAUGAAUCUGUUGCCUUGGAAGGCUGCUGGGUUUCUCACCUGGGCGGUGCAACCCUCCUUUUGAAGAUGCAGGGGCAAGAGACGACAGAAGAGUCUUCUGCAGCCUUGGAGGAGGUUUCAAUGGUUAUAUACUUACAAAUGAUCCAUAAUAGUCUCUUGACUGGCCAAGCGCCUUCUGUCCCGGUUAAUGAACUCAAGCUCCGAAAGCUACCGCAUAUCGACGACCACAUGGAGCUAAUCUACAAAACUGCAUGUUUGUGCGCGGAAUGGAGAACCGCACUCUUCCUCCCUCAAUCAGAGCAUGGAUGGAAGCAAUUAUCCAUCAUUGCAGGUAAAGCCAUGUCACUGGACAAGCAGCUUGAAGAGUGGUCUUGGAGUUUGCCUUCAUCAUUGAGAUGCACAGUCGAGGCAAUAUCUAUUAAUUCUCAACCUGAGUGGUUGAAACCUUUACUCAUCGGUACAUGGACUCCUCUCAACACUCACAACAACCCAUCUCUCACUGUCAAGAUCAUAUGGAGAUUUUAUUGGCAAGUUCGAUUGAUUCUCAACCAAGCGCUUUUGUUUACCAACAGCAUCCUCGAAAGAAGUGAAACCAUAAUCAACCCCAUCUCAUCUCAUCAAAAGAACAUUGAGUCUCGAAUUGUGUCGUUCGUCGAUCGUUUAUGCGAAUCUUGUCUUUCAACCUUUGUCGUUGACACCACAAAGCAUUCGCGACAUUACCGAACGGAGGAUAUUCCUGGUAUUCUAGGAUACCUCCUCAUGCAAGGCUUACCAACUAUUGGUCUGUGCCUGGAACAGGUUGUUCUUGUUGAUUUUGAUCUUUCAAGUCGAAAAGAUUGGCUGGCCAAGAUGAAGCGAUUUCUACGAAAUACUCUUGGUGUCGGAAAAGGUGCGGCAGCAAAAGAACCCUCUCAAUAUGGAAAAAUUCCGAUCCAGAUUUGGGGCCUUUAAGAAAGAGCCUAAAAUCAUGUGCCUGGGUUCAAAGGAUGGAAUGAUAUUGUGCGGCUAUUCAAGUGAGGAUAUCGUGUCCUCUCUCACACACGCCGGAGUUAGCGUCAUAUUUAGUUAGCCACGAAUGAGAAUUGUGCGCUAUGUGCGAGGGACUCGAGCAAAGUUCCAUUGUCAUACAAUUGGACAAUUAAUUCGCUGUAUGCUGCAGUGCUACGUAUAGAGUCAGCUGAAAACCUGGAUAUGGCUGGCUGUGAUGGGGUAUAUACUAACUGC